GGGCGGGACCAGUCUCGCUCGCAGUCAGUCGGUCAAUGCAGCGAUGUCGCGCGGCACAGUGUGCUGCGGGCUGCCUACGUGCGCACAUGGCCCGGAGGAUCAGCCGGUUAGAGAGCUUCCUAAAGCGAGCCCUGCCUGGACCAGUGUUCGACGGUAUCAGAUAUUAUGAGGGGUGUGUGGUCAGGGUGGGUAAAGACGGCUUAAGCUUCAAGUACGUAGUGAUCACUGGAAGGUCGCUCCUGCUAGCUGAUCACCCGCCCCGAGAUGUCCAUGAAGUUGUACGAUUGGCAGAUGUCACUAGCAUCACAGUGGAGCACGACUUCCCCGAUUUCCUAAAGGGACCCCAAAGGGACACAUGUCAACAUAUCCGGAUGGAACACCGGAAGCACGGGCUGCGUGACUCGAGGGAGGAGACCUCAGACAGCCAGAUGCUGGUGCCCACAGAAGCCGGCUCUCCGGACGACCGCCCUAUAAGCGCGACGCCGACCCCAUUGGGUCGCCCUGAGGCUCCCGCACCGGAACCAGGUGCAGAGAACGCGCAGGCCCGCAACUCGCCAGACAUAGGGGCGCUUCUGCGGCGCGUGGAGACACAGCGUCCCCACAUCCCGAGGUCCAGGAGCUCCUUGGCGCAGUAUCCGCAGGCGCAGGUCGCAACGAGUCGCGCCCACAGCUCGCUUGACAAACCGCGCCCUCGCAGGGUGCGUGACGUGGACGCGGUACGAGGCACCCAGAAACCCGACUCUGUACAGGAGGCAGACUUCCACCUGUACGUUCUUCAGGCGGGCUCUGCCCUGCUGGACCACCUCCAGAGCGGCUGGAGGGCCAGGAUCCUGAGCUCGACUCUGGAGUUAGCCGGCUGUCAGUUGGGGGGUUCGGCGUGGGGGCACAAUGUGCAGCACCUGGACACCGUCUAUCAGCGCUACAAACGGCAACUACUGGAUCCAGACAAUUCGCCACACCGAAGUUUCGCGCUUCUGCAAGAACUGCACACGAGCCUCCAGAGACACGCGGACCUCAAGAAAAUCUUCUGGAAGGACCAGAUGCUGUACCACUUCCUGAUGCAGAGGCUGCAGCUGUCCUUCCCAGGGUCACCCCAACCCCUGGGGGGCCUCGCCACGCAGAACACUCUGUAUGCCCGGAUCGAUGAGCUGCAAGUGGCAGCAAUGCUCCUGUACAUUCUGUUGGAGGCCCUGCGAGACAGCGACAGCAUCAAUGACAAAAUCCAGAUGCUUCAGUUCAACCGAGGUGCCGUGCUCAAGAGGCUACUGACCCUGCUGGUCACCCCGCCAAGCAUCCCCAACAGGCAUCGCACAGUCUGCUGUCACAUGCUUGAGGACUUCCGUGAGUUCGGCUCUGGAGGGUGGACCAACCUUCCAGAGGCAGAGCUCAUAAAAAUGCUUGCUGAGGUGACGAAUGUCUCCACGGCCAUCUUGUAUGAACUCCUUCUGACACUACAGAACAUGAUCCAGAACAAAUCAGCACUGAAGCUGACCAAACUGCUGGAUGGGGUGGCCAUGGAAUGCCACAUGAAGCGCAGUGUCAGCCAACUUCUUGGGCUCCUGUUCCCAUCCCCUGCACACAAACUGACGCCUCUGGAAGCUGUCCUUGUAUAUCAGCACGUCUUCGUGCUCAAGUGUCUCAUGGAGAGCCUCAGCAGGGUACAGGAUUAUGUUCAGGAGCAGUUUGAGGAAGAGUUCAGAUAUUACGUUCGCUGGUCACGAGUCAGUCGCAAGUUGCCAGACAGUUACCCAAUUAAGCGACUUCUGCAACAACUUGUGGAUGGGGUGCAGCAGUUGGCAUCUAGGGGGCACACAAAUCUGAUCCCUCACAAUUCGGCUGACGACCUACAGUAAUUUACCAAAUCCAGCAGCCUGACACAAUGAUUUGUGUUAAUAUCUCUUUGCUUUUCUUAAACAAUAAUUACAGAUCGUGAGUGUAAAUGGUGAGAAGAGUGUCCAUAGCUACCUCUGUCAUGCUCACUGUGUUUCUCGCUGCUACAGCUAGAGUGGUGUGAACUGUAGACAUUCUGUCUUCAGAAACUUGUUACACUUAUUCUUCUUAAUUAUAACCAAUUUCCACUGAUUGACAAUAAACUAUUUAUUACUCUAGUCAUCUGAAUUAUGACACCAUGUAGUCUGUGUAGGUGGUUAUCAGUGCUUCAGAGAAACACGCUACCCUUGCAGGAGGAGGCAGUAUGUGACUCUGAAAUGUUGGAAUUCAUCUGUCACACUAUAUGGUGCCAUAACGCUCAAGACUAUAACACAAAUCUUCAUGAUGGUGAAAACAAAUAUAACUUAACUUGUCUGUUUA